UAAGCUACUUGGUGACUCGACCAUCCUCCGUUCAUUUCUCCCUCAUCCACCUCCGCCGUAAUUAUUCUCGACGAUCGCUCAUCAUUCUUUAGUUGAUAUAGGUAAUUUGCUUUAUAGCAAAUCUUGGAUAUUGAAAGCCCCAUCACAAAAGAAUUGCUUCAUUGCCGACCAACCUCCGUUGUCGUUCUUUGUUCGGGUCGCCCACUUUCGAAUCGGCUAAGAAGUCGAACCUGACCCCGAGUCGCAACCUGAUCCGAUUAACCACACCUAAUCCAACCCAACCCGAAACGAGUCUCUCCGAUCCGUACCACAUAAUACUGGCUAUCCCGAAGCUCGGACACAAUGACCGACCUACAGGGACGUAAAAUCUUCAAGGUUUUCAACCAAGACUUCAUUGUCGAUGAACGAUACACUGUUACUAAGGAAUUAGGGCAAGGAGCCUACGGCAUCGUUUGCGCUGCCGUGAAUAACCAGACGAACGAGGGCGUCGCCAUCAAAAAAGUCACCAAUGUAUUUAGCAAGAAGAUCCUGGCCAAGCGCGCCUUGCGCGAGAUAAAGCUUCUACAACACUUUCGAGGCCAUCGCAAUAUUACAUGCCUCUACGAUAUGGAUAUUCCGCGACCGGAAAACUUCAACGAGACAUAUCUAUACGAAGAAUUAAUGGAAUGCGAUUUGGCCGCUAUUAUUCGAUCAGGCCAACCACUCACCGAUGCCCACUUCCAAUCCUUCAUCUACCAGAUCCUCUGUGGCUUGAAGUAUAUCCACUCUGCAAACGUCUUGCAUCGUGACCUCAAGCCUGGUAACCUACUUGUCAAUGCCGACUGCGAACUGAAGAUUUGCGAUUUCGGUUUGGCUCGUGGGUUUUCGGUUGACCCGGAGGAGAACGCUGGUUACAUGACAGAAUACGUUGCCACACGUUGGUACCGUGCGCCCGAGAUUAUGUUGAGCUUCCAGAGCUAUACCAAAGCCAUUGACGUUUGGUCUGUGGGAUGUAUUCUUGCCGAACUUCUCGGAGGGCGACCGUUCUUCAAGGGUCGCGAUUACGUCGACCAGCUUAACCAGAUUCUUCAUAUCCUUGGUACUCCCAACGAGGACACCCUAUCACGGAUUGGUUCUUCGCGCGCCCAAGAAUACGUUCGAAACCUCCCGUACAUGGCCAAGAAGCCGUUCCCCACCUUAUUCCCUAACGCCAACCCCGACGCGCUUGAUCUUCUGGAUCGCAUGUUGGCUUUCGACCCCUCUUCGCGCAUAAGUGUUGAACAGGCCUUAGAACACCCAUAUUUACAAAUCUGGCACGAUGCUUCCGACGAGCCUGACUGCCCUACUACGUUCAAUUUCGACUUUGAAGUGAUUGACGACGUUGCUCAUAUGCGCGAAAUGAUUAAGGAGGAGGUGUUCCGCUUCCGACAGUUGGUCCGGACGGCGCCCGGAGGCUCGGGUCCAGCUAACGGAUCACAAGUUGCACCAGGUCAGGUGCCCAUGCCUUCUGGUGGAAACACCCAGUGGAGUGCUGAGGAUCCACGACCGCAGGAAUACAUGAAUCAAAUGGGAUUGGAAGGGGAACUUCAAGGUGGCCUGGAUGCUGGUGGUGUUCGAAGAUAGGGUUUCCACCUCCGGCGAUCUCUGUCGGCGAGGGUCAUGGAUGUGAAGGAAGGAAAGAAAAAGCUCCGAAACUUCUGAAGUCGCUUGGCUACUGUGCUGAGCAGGCAGCAAGACAGUGUAUAUUUCUGGGGAUUGUCUGGAGAAGCGCAUUCGGAUUAUGCGUAUCCGAGUUUCUAUUUUGAAAACGAACGAGGCAUGUUGAAUGAGGGUGUCGCCCAACAAGAAGGGGUGAGGCCACGGCGAAUAAAACUUUCACGGAAGAGUGAAGAGUUGUCUUGUUUCUACCUUUUUUUUUUUUCCCUUAGCAAGCCAAGAGAGGCUUCAGAAUUACGAACUCGCGAAGUUUUGGGUAAUGGUGAACUAAAAAGAAGUUCCUCUGCGACGCUGCGUUGAGUACCUAGGUAGAUUAGAUAUUUACCUAUCGAUCUAAGUACGUAUAAUAAAACGAAAAUUCCAAUA